UACUUGUUUGAGAGUGUUUAUCUCGAGUAAAAGUUGUGGAUACAUCCUCAGCUUUGACUGAAGUGUUACAAGAUCACUGAAGUUAUUUCAGACCAGUGAUGCCAAGGCAUGAAGGAGUGCUCAGAAAUGUUAGUUUCAGUCAGGAUAACCAGAGUCAAAAGAGAGACUCUCUGUCCCAGAAGUCACUCUGAGACGCCUGAAAUCGCCACUGUUUUCUUUUAUUGUCAAGUUUUUGUUGUUUGCACCGCUUGCUGUGCUAGUUUGGCUUUCUGUUAUCAGCAAGUAGACCUUCACUAUCAAACUCUCUGAUUUGUUUGUCCUCAUAGAAGAUGAGGUGUUAAAGGCCACGGAUGCUGAGGUUAAACUCCCAGAAGGUAGUGAUCCCUCUGUGUGGGUUUGUACCUGAAUUUCUGGUACUGCUGUGUGUCAUGGGCUAUUUUUCCUUCUGUGUAUUAUUAGUAGAGGUUACAGGAGAGGCUGCUGAGAAGAAGAACACGACUCGAGGUACUAAAACCUGCCGACUGCAUGUCCAGAGUGUCCUGUAAUGUGUAUAAUUUUAUAAUUAAAGAAUGCAGAAAGUGUGAAUUUUAGGGGGCGUCCACAACUUUGAAGUAAGUGAUUGAAGCAACAGCCAGUGACAGCAAAGGGCACCAUUAGGUAACCCAUGCUAGGAUAGUAAACAGCGGAGCCUCGAAUAUCCGCUGUGACCCACAGUCAGUUAUACCUAUCGUGGUCGCCCCUUUAGUCAUUUAAAAUUUGGCUGAUAUCAGCUUCAUUGUUAUCUUCCCUUGCACCACUGGACUGUUUCCAUCACUGGACAUCCCUGGAAGUGGCUACUUGCACUCUCCUGUCUGUGAUUUCGCCGCAGAUCUCUAACUCUGACCCAAAUUUCAUGUCGUAGAGCAAAGAUGGUGAUGACUGCUGGGUCUCUGGCUACAACCAAGAGACUAAAAGAGCUAUUCUGACUCAAAGAGUCUAUUGUGUCCGAGCCCAAAGCUAGUCCGUCAUGAGCAAGACUUUUUAUUUCAUUUUUCAACUUGCGCACCAUGAAAUUAAACUCCCAGAGAAAGACUAUUCAGACAGACUUUACUGUAAAGUCCCGACUCUUUAAACUGAACAACAUUCAGAGGAAAACGCCUGAACUAGGAAUCUGUUUGACGAAUCGACUGUUUUUUUAUUUUUGCCUCUAAGAUGUUACCCACCUACAGCACUAUCUGGAGCUGUAGGCUGACCACACCUCGCCAGAAUUGUGUCCCUGUUAAUUUGUUCUCUUCCACAAGAUGAAGUUGAAGAUUUUGUUGUUUUGAGACAGUGGAGAAAGUACAAGUGGUCAGAACAGGGAAUACCAGCAGUAGUGGAAGCUGCCCAGAGGUAGGGAAAGCAACGACCAUGAAGGUGAAAUCAGCCAAAUUUAAAUCGGAUAAGGUUUGAUUUCUCACGUCGUACACAAUAACGUGUUCUUCACAAGGAUAAUUUAAUCCUUGUUUCUAAUAAAUUGAACUCUGUGGAUGUUUUGUAAAAGCAACAUAAUCCUAAGUCUUAAACAGUCGAGGACCCCAUUUUUGUGGCUUUUAAAUUGACCCUAACAUCAGACUUGCAUCUCCUCCCCUGCAUCUCUAACAUUUCCUUGGUUGCUGUGUGCCAGCACACUAAUGAGUCGUAGUGGUGAGCAUGUGGACAGCAAUCUUAUGACUUUUCACCUCAAGCCUCAGACCACGUCGUCCGAGGCGCCAUGCUGCGUUCGACUCUGAAGAACGAGUUGAGGAUGAUCCAUGAGAAGAUGGAGGCCAAGAGGAUCGCUCACAUCGCAGUGGCUGAGAUUAGGGCUUUUCUCACCCAAGAGGAGGAAGCAAGGGAGGCAGUCUGGGAGCUGAGGAAGAAGGAGCUGGAGGUGGCUGAGGAGCAACUCAGACAGGAGAGGGAAAGUGAAGAGAGGAGGAAGGAGGCAGAGAGGUUGGAAAAGGAGAGAUUGGAGAAGGAGAGGAUAGAGAAGGAAAAGAUUGAGAAGGACAAGCUGGAAAAGGAAGCCAAGGAGAAAGCUGAGAGAGAAAGGUUAGCUCAAGAGAAGGCAGAAAAAGAGAGACUGGAGAUGGAGAGGCUUGCUAAAGAAAAGGCAGCUAGAGAAGCAAAGGAAAGAAUGGAGAAAGAGAGGGUGGAGAGGGAAAAGGCAGAGAGGGAGAAACAGGAGAAAGAAAGAGUGGAAAGCGAGAGGGCUGAAAAGGAAAGGCUUGAGAGGGAACGCAUUGCAAAAGAAAGAGAGAGAACAGAGCGGGAGAAGGCAGAGAGGGAAAGAUUAGAAAGGGAGAGACUUGAGAAGGAAAGGGUCGCCAAGGAAAAGGAAAAACUAGAGAAAGAAAGGAUUGUGAAGGAGAAGGCAGAAAAGGAAAGAUUGGAAAAAGAAAGGAUUGCGAAGGAGAAUGCGGAGAAGGAAAGAUUGGAGAAAGAAAGGAUCGCCAAGGAGAAGGCAGAAAGGGAAAGAUUGGAGAAAGAAAGGAUCGCCAAGGAGAAGGCAGAAAGGGAAAGAUUGGAGAGGGAACGGAUCGCCAAAGAAAAGGAAAGAUUGGAGAGGGAACGGAUCGCCAAAGAAAAGGAAAGAUUGGAGAGGGAACGGAUCGCCAAAGAAAAGGAAAGACUGGAGAGGGAACGGAUCGCCAAAGAAAAGGAAAGACUGGAGAGGGAACGGAUCGCCAAAGAAAAGGAAAGAUUAGAGAGGGAACGGAUCGCCAAAGAAAAGGAAAGACUGGAGAGGGAACGGAUCGCCAAAGAAAAGGAAAGACUGGAGAGGGAACGGAUCGCCAAAGAAAAGGAAAGAUUGGAAAAAGAAAGGAUUGCGAAGGAGAAGGCAGAAAGGGAAAGACUGGAGAGGGAACGGAUCGCCAAAGAAAAGGAAAGAUUGGAGAGGGAACGGAUCGCCAAAGAAAAGGAAAGAUUGGAGAGGGAACGGAUCGCCAAAGAAAAGGAAAGACUGGAGAGGGAACGGAUCGCCAAAGAAAAGGAAAGAUUGGAGAGGGAACGGAUCGCCAAAGAAAAGGAAAGAUUGGAGAGGGAACGGAUCGCCAAAGAAAAGGAAAGGAUUGCCAAAGAAAAGGAACGACUUGAGAAAGAGAAGAUCGCCAAGGAGAAAGCAGAAAAAGAAAGACUGGAAAGGGAACAGCUUGUUAAGGAAAGAGAUAGACUCGCCCGAGAAAAGAUAGACAAGGAAAGGAUAGAGAAGGAGCGCUUAGGCAAAGAAAGGGCAAGAAUCGCACAGGAUAAGGAGAAAUUAGAGCGAGAAAGAGUAGAAAAAGAAACGACAGAGAGAAAAGAGAGGGAGAGGAUGGAACGGGAAAGACUGGAGAGGGCAGCGAAGAUGAAGCUAGAGCGUGAGAAAACUGAAAAAGUGAAGAUGGAGGCGGAGCGGCUGGCGAAAGAGGGCAUGGUGAGACAAGGAAAUGGCUUAAAGAGACGAGUGCUACCGGAGAGGAAGCUGAACAGUUCGCAGGUGAAAGGUGAGAUAACUGAGAGAGUGACCAUGACGGCGGUCAGGAGAGAGAAGAGCGUCUUAGAAGAGAAGAAGAAAAUACCUCAUGGGACAAAAUGAUGACCUCACAAAUGGUCAUGACUCUGAUGUGCCGGCCUCACCUCCCAUAUUCAGGAAACGGAUGAAAAGCUAUUCGGUGGGGUUUGACGGUCUUGUAACCACCCAGCAAAGUCUUGGCACUUUGCAAUCCAGGCUGUUAUUUUGAGUCUCCUUUUGUAAAUUAAAUAAAUAUGAUAACUUUAAUCUCGGUGGAAACGAACAAUCUCAUUAAAAACCCCUCUUCAAGUUUUAUCCCCAACAGAGGUUUAAAAUGUUUUCCCUCCCACGUGUUCUGCUUCUGUUGCUCAUUCACAAAGUUACAGGACAUUACACCUUCAUUAAGGGCUCAAACCAGAGUCCCGUUACUUCAGUCUUAACUGUGAUACAGACACCACACAGCUGGAACUGUGGUGAACUAGAAAUUAAUAUUUCAAGCCAAAAAUUGAUCUUCUUCUAUCCCAAACCACUCAAACAUGACUGUAUUUGAUGCACAGAAAGCAGUAGCGUGACUUCAGGAGCUUUUGGAGGGGCAACACAAUAAAUUCACCAUUAAUCUACAGAUGCGACCCACAGAUUGUUUCCCUUGUGUUACUGCUGCUCUCUCAAUGCUCCUCUUGAAACAGGCUGAUUUUCAAAAGGCCAGUUUCAUGAGAUUUAUGUUGUCUUUGUUUCUUUUCUCAUUUUUAUGAGACUGUCUUUGGUUGAUGAUGUGAUGGUGACAUUUAUGGUUUUUCUUAUCAUGUUUUUUGCUCAAAGGAUGAGAGCCAGUAUAAGGCGUCUGAAUUGUAAGUUUUGAGCUUUAGUUCAAAGUCAUGUAGUGGAUCCAAGUGGUGAAGGAUGUUCGAGGACACUGGCUUUUAAAAUAACCUGUAAUAACUGUUGUGUAUUAACGAAGCAUCGGGAAGUCACGUGUCGUGAGCUGAAUAAAGAAACUUUCACAGCCUCUGAAAUGAUUUUGCUUUUCUUACAAAAUGUGAGAAAAUGUUUGCUGAAUAAAUCCUGCUCAUCACAUU